AUGGCUCCUCUCAAUUUGUCCCAUCGGCGAACGCAUAAUUUGCUCUUGAUUUCCAAGUUGUUGAGUUUGCGGGACACAGUUACAUCCGACGCGCAAAGGCAAGUUCAGGACUCCAUCCCAGAUAAAUUGGCUUUGACUCUCUCCAAAGUCCAUGUCACUCUGAUUGCAUUUGAGACACUAGCGCAACCCGAUGGAGUUGAUGCUUUCGUAUCUGCCCGCCGCAAGAGCCCCGAAGGAAUUGUCAAAGAAGCAGGCGCGGCCUAUCAGCCCCCAACAUCAGCCGCUCCGUCAAAACGACGCCUCAUCAUUAUCGAUGCCAUCAAUCCUUUACUGAGCUCGAGGAAUCUCGACACUGGAUUCCAUUUACCGACCUUCCUUGGCUCUUUCAUCGCGCCGGCUAGCCCCACAGGCAAGGCUGACACAUCGCUGGUGGUAACAUAUCACCAAGAUGUCCCGGGCCUUCCUCAGCAGAGCCCCUACUCGCCAUCGCCAUUAUCCAUGCUCACGUACCUGGCGACUAGCAUCAUUACUCUUCAUUCCUUUUCUCACAUUAUGGCGCAAAAAGCUGCUCGCGACCGCAGUCUCGUUGCGCCCGUCUUCGGCCUCGAAGAAGAACAAGAGGGCGUUCUUCUAGGUCGGCUCGAUAAGUUGCGCGGCACUAAUGCCGCUGAGGGUAUUGUUCUUGAACUGGAACACAGACGUAAAAGUGGACGCGGUGUUUUGGAGUGGUACCUUCUGCCGCCUGCCUCACGUUAUUCGUCACAACAAGUGAAAGAGAUCGUCACUCUACUUGAUGAUAAUGUUCUUUAUAACCCGCCCAUGGAGCUGGACACGAAUGCUGGCGAUGAGGAGCCCCAGUCAACAUUCGAGCUGCGUCUCACUGAGAGACAGAGACGCGAGAGGGAAGGUGUUGUUUUGCCAUACUUCGAUGCGCAGCAAGGCAACGGCCCUGGCGAAGGUGGCCGAAUCCUCUACGACAUGGGCGAGGAAGACGAUUUCGACGAAGAGGAAGAUGAGAUUUAG